AUGGCUCGUGGCGACUCGGCAAGUUUUCUCGGUCCUGGUUUCCGGUUCCACCCCACCGAUGAGGAACUGCUCCGGUACUACCUGAAGCAAAAGGUCACAAACAAGCCCGUCCGAUUUGACCUGAUUUUCGUCGUUGACGUCUACCGGACGGAGCCCUGGGAUCUCCCUGGUCUGUUUUCUUUCAACUUCCACUCGUCUUUGUUUUUCUUGAUUGGGGUUCCUCUAAGGGUUGGAGUAAGACUCUGCGAAUUAGUAUCUGCCAGGAUGCGCGGUGGCCUUCAUCCUCCUUCGACGAUUUUCUAUGGCUGCUUCUGGAGAGACGCGGCGCUGGAGGAUGAGAGGACGAUGGAGGAAGGAAAAGUGCCCUACCCGCUCUGUUUCGUUUUUGGUUUCGGUCAAUUAAUUGGGUUGGUUCGCGGGUUGGGCAAGAAGAGCUGA